CAAUGGUCAAAAGAGCAAUGAAAGUCAUUGAUGAAGGCGCCUUAACUUUAUUCCUCGAUACAAAUUCAAUAAUACUAUAAAUCAAUUGCCCAAAAAUGUUCCAUUCAUAAAUAAAUAAUCAUCUGGGUCUGUUCCCAAUUUUCAAAUUGAAGAAUCCCCUGCUUGCCUGAGUGUUAAGAAGCAGCCCCCCUCGAUUCAGGACGAAGCUUUUGCAUGGUGUUCUUAAUUUAAUAUUUUUCUCCAUUUCGAUCUUCGUGAAUUUCAAUCUCUUUCUUUGUUUCUUUCUGGUUGCUUUUGGCUGAACCCCGACCUGAUUUUGUGGUGGUUCAGAGCACGAGGGCGUUGAAAUGUGCAGCUGAAUCUCUUCUUGUCUGGUUGUCUUUGGGUAUAUAAGGUGUUUGUGAAAAUGCCGCUGAGAUAAUUGUUCUUGGAAGAGACAUUUUUUUUGUUUUCCAAAACAGGGUUUUUGAUUGUACUCUUGUGGGAAGGAUUUUGGGGGAAAAUGGAAAAGGAAUACUGUUCAAGUUGGAAAUAUAGCUCAAUUCUUGGGCUAAGGAAUACGGAGGAAGACGAGGAGAUGAAAAUUGUGUCAUCUUUGCCUUCAAUUCCUCAGCCUCAAACUCCACAGGAACCCAUGGAGUUCUUGGCCAGGUCUUGGAGUCUAUCAGCUUCUGAGAUUACAAAAGCUCUUGCUCAAAAGCAGAAGCAGCUUUACAUUGAGAGGAGCCCCAUCGCAAUUCCUGAGGUCAUUGAACCCCCACAACUUCCAGGAAAGAUUAUGAGUUCUGUCCAUGCUUGGAGGAUGGGAUCAUUGGGAAAAUGGUUUCAUUUUCACCACAAGGAGGGUGGUAAUAGUGUUGACAAAAAGAAGGAUAGAGCAAGAAUUGAAAAUGCUCGUGUUCAUUCUGCUUUAUCUGUGGCUGCACUUGCUGCAGCCUUGGCUGCUGUGGUAGCAGCAGAGAACUCUGCUGGCCCUGAUUCAAGAAUGGGCACGGCUUUAGCCUCAGCUACUGAGAUUUUGGCAUCUCAUUGCAUAGAGAUGGCUGAAUUUGCUGGCGCCGACCAUGAGCGAGUCAGUUCGGUUAUCCGAUCCGCAGUCGAUGUUCGGAGUCCAGGUGACCUCAUGACUUUAACAGCUGCAGCUGCCACAGCUUUGCGAGGAGAAGCCGCUUUCCGAUCAAGAUUACCGAAGGAAGGCCGAAAGAUUGCUUCGGUUAGUCCUUAUGAUAGGAUAAUGGCUCAAAAUCAUUGGGCUACUGCGUUUAAUAGCCAUAUGGAGGAGCAGGAGCUUCCCUGUGUGGGUGAAUUGCUGCAGUUUACACAAAAAGGAACCCUGAGAUGGAAGGAGGUCUCUGUCUACAUCAACAAGAAAUCUCAGGUGAUAGCAUCGAUUAAAAGCAAGCACGUCGGAGGGACCUUUUCGAAGAAAAACAAAUGUGUUGUUUACGGGCUUUGCGACGAAACGUCGUCAUGGCCAUAUGAAAGAAAGAGAGAUAUCUCGAACGAGAUCUAUUUCGGCCUGAAAACUGCACAAGGUCUUAUAGAGUUCAAGUGCAAGAACAAGGUCCAUAAGCAGAGUUGGGUUCAAGGGAUUCAAAGUCUUCUUCAUCGAGUUAAUUGCAUUGAAACAACGAGGAGGUCUUUACAGAUUUUGAGCUUCAGCGAGAGUAUAUAAAGCAGUUAUGCAUUUAGUAUAAGCAUAUAUAAAUCAAAAUGAAUUAUCAGUGCCAAAGUUCUGUAAACUUGAGAUGAAAUUUACUGUCAGUGUGCAUAAAAUCUUGGUAUUUGUAAGAGAAUCAUAUAGAUAACUCAAAUUUUAAGUA